AUGCGAGGUCUUUCUGCGAAAGAUCCGUCACCAGAGUCCACGUUGCAAAGUCCCGGCGAUAAGGUUUGUCAGUCGACCCGGGGAGUUCACCUGUCCCAGGCCUAUGCGCCCACCUUGGGCCUUUUGAUCUUCCUGUCCUUCGCGCCAACGGUUUUAAUCAACAUCUUCUCCUUGCUCUUCAACUUCAAGUCGGAGGUCAAGAACCAACUAGAGCUUCAGAAUCUGAGCUUCAACUUGGCCAUAUUGAUCUCUGAAUGUUGUGCACUCUUUCUGCAAGCAGUCAUCACUCAAAUCUCAUCGAGGAAUUGGUACUUCUGGUUCAUGGUCUUCUUUGUGAUCGGUGUCACAGUGGUAGGCGGGAAGAGCUUCGAUGGCACAGGUCAAAGUUGUCGAUUGAGCCAACCCAUUUGA